AUCGAUGGUCUGCUUCGCGAACGAGACUUUUAUUUCAACAAACUACGUGACAUCGAGAUUCUAUGUCAGGAGAAUCCGAAUUCCCUCAUGGUCAAAGACGUGUUAGAUAUCCUCUAUGCUACUGACGUAAGUUUAUUUAUGUGA